GUUGGCCUGGACUCAUCGCAAUCUCGGAGAGGUUUAUUUGUUUUUUGAGUCAACUAAAUCGUGCCUCCAACAAAUGCCGAACUCUGUUUUGCUCCCUGCAUCACAGCAAUCGACGAUGGAGAUGAUUUUGUUCCGAUUAGAUCUAGGGUUGGCUCACUGUUUUGCAUGCAAUUGUGCCGAGAGAAGGGGUGGCUUGAAUCUGUUUUGGCAGGAUGAGUUUGCCGUUCAAUUUUCCUCUUUCUCGCCAUUAUCAGAUCUAGGGUGGGCUUUGUUGUUCUGGGAGCAAUUGUGCCGAGAGAAACCAUCUCACAUUGAGGUCGUAAUAGUAGAUCCGGGUGGAUGUCAAUGGCUUUUAACAGAGUUUUCCGGCCAACCAGAGACGGAUUCCCCUCUGCUUUGGUCGCGUUUAGGUGCCAUCAAUGCUACCUUGAGCAAAUCGGAAAAGGAGAAGGGCAUUCUCUUCUUCUGGUUAGGUUCUGCGUGGGGGGAUAUAAGUGGGUUUUGGUGUGGAAGGUCAAAUUUCCAUGCUGUGAAGGAAGAUGGUGGUGUUUUGCAGGGGCAGCAUGGCCCUCAAGCUGGUAAAGGGGCUCUUGAUCCCUUAUUAACCUAUGAUAGCCAGGGAUUGUUGAGGAUUGGAACAGAUGGGCAUAUGUUUGGAUGCACUUGCAGACGAAUUGGGUACCUGGCGACUGCACAGAGGAGGACCACACCCCUCCUCUUGAUUAUUAUUUUUUAAGAAAUAGCUUGGAUGGCAACCUAUAGUUUGGGGACUGUUUGUUGCCAAAAUCCGUUCUCUCCCCGAGAAGCUGGUUAAUUAGGUGAGGACGUUCAGUAGCUUUCGAUGCUCAUAGGGACCUUCCUUUCUACAUUAGUAGCCCUAUUUAGCCCAUACAGCGAUUGCACUUUGCAAUCUCUAGUUGUAGAUGGCUCUCUUUACUUAAUUGUCUAUAUUCGUCAUGGGCAUAGUUUAAAUCUGUUACUAGGCUGUAGGUUAUGCUUCUGCUGCUGAUUUUGCUGUUUAAGCUCUUAUGCGUUAGGCUAUAUGUCAUAUGAUGGAGUUUUUACUGUACUUUUCUUAUUAUUCAAUAUAUUUCUCCAUUUCUU